CAGCUUGUCACAUGGUACAAGGCAAUUGUGAAUAGCCUUGUACCAUGUGACCUCUGUGAUCAUUCACAGAUUUCACACGUAGUAAGCAAUGAUGUCAGAAGUGACAUCUUGCUUACUACUCUGCAUGUGAUCACUGAUUGGCCAAUCAGUGAUCACAUGACAGUUAUAUACGAUGGAUGGCUUCCUUUCAUGCCAUCCAUUGUAUACAACUGUGUCUAGCUGUGUAUGGUCACAGCAAUCACAUGCACAGGUUGGGCCGAUCAAAGCCCAUCUGUGUCAUGUGAUUAGCCAUUGCCAAUCACAGCUAAUCACAACAAAUAAAACCUGAAUGAAUCUAUUUCAUUCAGUUAAAUGCUUGCUUAAAGCAAAUAAAUGCUUUGCUAUAAGCAAUCAAAUUGUGUAAAAAAA